AGCUGUUCUCCUUAAUAAGCAAGAUUUAUAACCACUAGGAAGACAGGAAGAAGGGGACCGAAGGGAGAGCGGGGGAAGCAAGACGACCCCUCUUCCCCCCCCGCCCCAGACUGGAGAUACAAAAAAAAAGAGACCCCCCCCUCCCUCCAGAUCCUUCUCCCCCCACCCCAUCCUUCCCAUUGCUGAAAGCAUCUUUGCACCAAGAUGCGGGACUUAGUCCAAAAACCGAGCGGAGGCCGAACGGCGUGAGGUUUGCGGGGGGAAGGAAUCAGAGCAGCUCCCGUUGUUUCCUAGGGUGAGGAGUGUGUGUGUGUGUGUGUGUGUGUGUGUGUGUGUGAGCGCGAGCGUGAGACGGGGAGACACAGACACUGCAUUGCUGCUGAGCCACGAGCCUCCACUAUGCUGCCGCCGCCUCUGCCGGGGCUGGGGCGCGCGAGUCAGCAGCAGCAGCGGGCAGCCCCCGCUGGAGGUCACAGGCAGGGGGCUGAGGCCCUGGGUGUCUUCUGAUUUGAGAAGGAUUAUUUAAAAAAAAAAAAAAUUGUUGGCAGUUAGUCUCCCCCCCCCCCCCGCCACUUUCUUCUCCCCCUCCCCCUUUAUUUCCCUUUCCUGGGCUCUGCCUUGGAUGAUUUUUAGGUGGAGUCGUUUGCACCAAAACCCUCCAGCUGCUGCUGUUCUUGCUGCUAUUUCCCCCCACGCCCUCUCUCCCCCCCUUUUUUUUUUGGUGUGAUACUGUUUCCACAGCAGGAGAAGAAGGGACUGAUCCUGAGGAUCCUCCUAGAGGAUGAAUAACCCCAAGAAAUUGACUGAAGCAGCACGCUGGACCUGGUGCACCAUUCAGAUUUGAUUAAAUAAUAAUUCAGGUUUUUUUGCCAUUUUCUUUUUUCACCUUCUGGGGGCUUUGCAAACCGAAUUACAUGCAUGUCCAGUGGGGGAAGGUUUAAUUUUGACGAUGGAGGCUCCUAUUGUGGAGGCUGGGAGGACGGAAAGGCUCACGGCCACGGAAUCUGUACCGGCCCGAAGGGUCAAGGCGAGUAUACCGGCUCCUGGAGUCACGGCUUUGAGGUGCUGGGGGUCUACACCUGGCCCAGUGGCAACACUUACCAGGGCACCUGGGCACAGGGCAAGCGCCAUGGCAUCGGUGUGGAGAGCAAGGGGAAGUGGGUGUACAAAGGAGAGUGGACUCAUGGAUUUAAGGGACGAUACGGGGUCCGUGAAUGCACUGGCAAUGGGGCCAAAUAUGAAGGCACCUGGAGCAAUGGAUUACAGGACGGCUACGGGACAGAGACCUACUCGGAUGGAGGGACGUACCAGGGCCAGUGGGCUGGUGGCAUGCGCCAAGGCUAUGGCGUCCGGCAGAGCGUCCCCUAUGGCAUGGCUGCUGUUAUCAGGUCGCCCCUGAGGACAUCCAUUAACUCGCUGCGCAGUGAGCACACCAACGGCACGGCGCUGCACCCUGACUCCUCGCCCGCCGUGGCCGGCAGCCCCGCUGUCUCCAGGGGUGGCUUCGUCCUCAUGGCCCACAGCGAUGCCGAGAUCCUCAAAAGCAAGAAGAAGGGGCUCUUCCGGAGGUCCCUGCUGAGUGGGCUCAAGCUGCGCAAAUCUGAGUCCAAGAGCUCCCUCGCCAGCCAGCGCAGCAAGCAGAGCUCCUUCCGGAGCGAGGCGGGCAUGAGCACCGUCAGCUCCACCGCCAGCGACAUCAACUCCACCAUCAGCUUGGGUGAGGGGGAGGCCGAGCUGUCCGUCAUCGAGGAUGACAUCGACGCCACCACCACCGAGAUCUAUGUGGGUGAGUGGAAGAACGACAAGCGCUCAGGCUUCGGGGUCAGCCAGCGCUCGGACGGGCUGAAGUACGAGGGAGAGUGGGCCAACAACAAGCGCCACGGCUACGGCUGCAUGACCUUCCCGGACGGCACCAAGGAGGAGGGGAAGUACAAACAGAACGUCCUGGUGAGCGGCAAGCGGAAGAACCUCAUCCCGCUGAGGGCCAGCAAGAUCCGCGAGAAGGUGGAUCGGGCCACCGAGGCGGCAGAGAGGGCAGCCACCAUCGCCAAGCAGAAAGCGGAGAUUGCGGCUUCCAGGACUUCCCACUCCAGGGCUAAAGCAGACGCAGCUGUGACAGCAGCGCAGAAAGCUCAGGAGGAAGCUCGGAUUGCCAGGAUCACUGCCAAAGAGUUUUCGCCUUCCUUCCAACACAGGGAAAACGGGCUCGAGUGCCAGAGGCCAAAGCGUCAGAACUCAAGCGACGACAUCGAGGUCCUCUCCACAGGGACCCCGCUCCAGCAAGAAAGCCCAGAGCUGUACAGGAAAGGCACCACCCCUUCUGACCUCACUCCCGAUGACAGCCCCCUGCAAAGCUUCCCCGCCAGCCCCUCCUCCACUCCGCCGUUGGGCCCCACCUGCAGGACCAAGAGCGCCCAUUUCUCCAGGCAGGUGUCAGUGGACGAAGAGAGGGGUGGGGAGAUCCAGAUGUUGCUGGAGGGACGAGGCGGAGACUACUUGAGACCCAACAGCUGGAGCGAAGACCAAGCAGGCGGGACGCGUGGCGUUAGAAGCGGGACCCUGCGCAGCAGUCAUUUGGGGUCUGCCUCCAUCCCUGAAGAUUACGGAGGCCGGAGUGGAGGGCACAAACAUACGGCCUCCAACCACAAGCAAAGAGAGAGGUGGACAGAUUCCCCAGCUGCAGUUUCUUGGACUUCCCACCACAGGUCCCACAACCACAGCUCAGGGAGUGCCAAGCUGCUUGAGCUGGAUGAGGAGAAGCUGAGCAAUUACGAGAUGGAAAUGAAACCCCUCAUGAGGAUGGAUUCUUACAUGCAAGAGUUUCACACCCAAAAAAGACACUAUAGUAAAGCAGGCGCCUGCAGGAGCCUGGCUGAGGACCACCGUGGGGAAGACCGGGGCUUUAGGGUUCAGAGACUGAGGUCUAAGUCCCAGAACAAAGAGAAUUUCAGGCCAGCUUCCUCUGCUGAGCCCACAGUGCAGAAACUGGAAAAUCUGAGGUUCGGGGACAAAGCGGAACCCCGGCUAUUAAGGUGGGACUUAACCUUCUCCCCGCCACAGAAAUCCUUACCUGUUGCACUAGAAUCCGAGGAGGAAAAUGGGGAUGAGCUCAAGUCCAGUACGGGCUCGGCUCCCAUUCUGGUAGUCAUGGUGAUCUUACUGAACAUUGGCGUCGCCAUUUUGUUUAUUAACUUUUUCAUCUAAUUGAGACUGUCUUGUU